AUGAAUCAGAUGAAUGUGACGGGGAUGAACCCUGGGGCUGGGGGCCCGGUUGGUGGUGUUCCCAUGAUGAAUAACGGUUCCACGGCUCCUCGUAACGAUGGAAAUGUGAACAACAUACCUGAGACGAUGAUCAACAACCUCAACACCUACAUCUACGACUAUUUUCUGAAACGUGGCUAUCAUGAAUGUGCCAGGGCUCUCGUGAAAGACGAGUCGAUCAAAUUGAACACUGAACCCCCCACAAAAACAAGUCCGGGUCACCGUCGUGAAGACAUGAAUGGCGUCGAAGGCGAUGCAAUGAUGACCGAUAGCAAGGACGGUGACAAGAUUAAGAUUCCUGAUGACCUUCCUCGACCUAAUCUCGCGAGCGAAAGCCAACAAUCCUCUUUUCUCUUGGAUUGGUUCAGUCUGUUCUGGGAUUUCUUCUGGGCUCAGCGCAAGAAAGGCAACAGCAACGAUGUGAGACAGUAUCUUCAACACACUCAGAAUAUGAUGCGGCUAAGAGAGCAGCAACACAACCAAUUGUUACGGCAACAACCGGUGAUGCCCGGACAGAUGGGUCCGCUCAAUAUGCGCCGCAACGGCAUGGUCCCUGCAAACCUUCAGAAGACCGUAUUGCAGAAUAACACCGGUGGCCUUUCGCAGCAGCAAAUCGCACAGCUUCAGAAAAACCAGCAGAUGCACAUGAUGCAGCAGAUGCAAAGAGAGCAUUCUGACAUGGACAUGAACGGACACCGCCCGCAAUCUCCCUCGUCUGCGGAAAAUGCGCCUUCACCCUCGAAGCGGCCACGCCUCGAGAACGGUCCUAUGAACGGACAACAGUUGGCGCCCAAUGGACGGGGUCAAGGACAAGGCAUGCCGGGUCAGCCGAACUCGCAAGCGCUGUUGAUGCAAAACGGGCUCAACCCACGGGCGAUGAAUCCGGCCCAGUUUGCGGGUUUCCAGCAACCAGGGCCUGCUGCUCAGCAAAAAUCCAUCCAGGUAUAUGCUCAGAACUUAGCCCUUCAUCACUCACGCUCAGCACUGAAUAACCAGGGCAUUCCGAAUGGCUUAAUGAACCCCGGUGUCAUGCCGAACCAGACGGAUCUGGUGCCUAUGCCAGACGGCCAGGGUAUGUAUCCGAUGAACGGCGACUACUACGGCGCGAAUGGUCAGAUGGCCCAGGUACGGGCUGGGAUGCAGACACCUGGCGGUCAGCACGGUAACCAUGCUCUCCAGGACUAUCAAAUGCAGUUGAUGCUGCUUGAACAGCAGAAUAAGCGGCGUCUGAUGAUGGCUCGUCAAGAGCAGGACAGCAUGUCUCGUGCUGAUGGCCAGCCUCCAAUGCCUGGGCAGCAAGGCUUGCCUCCAGGCACUUCUCCCCAAGGCAGUAGGGCGGGCACUUCACCGAACCCCAACGAUCAGAUGAAACGAGGUACGCCGAAGAUGCCUCAGACUGGUCUCCCAGGCUCCCCAAGCGCCGCAGACGCCAUGGGUCAGAACCGUGGAUCGCCAGCUGCGAUGAAUUUCAACGGCGGCCAGAUGCCUCCUGACAUGGCUGGCGGCCAGUUCUUCAUGAAAGGCAUGCCGGAUGCCAUGGGCGGUCCGAACGGUAUGCGUCCGCCGAGCUCUAAUCCGGCUUUCAGCGCACCUCAAAUGGGCCAACCCAUUCCGGCUGGAGCAGUCAACCGGGUUCCGAGUGGCAAUUGGCAGCAGCAACAGGGCCAGCCCAUGGCACCACAACAAUCUCCGGCCCAGCAACCUCAAUCUACUGGGACCCCUCAGACUCAGAACUCAAUGCCUCCUCCGCAGGCUCCGCCAGCUGGUGCCAACACUGGUCGGACAUCUCCGCAAACCCAGAAUGCUGCUCCUCCGACACCUCAGCAGACGAGUAAACCGGCACCGAAGAAGAAAGAGCCCAAGGACACUGCGCGGAAGCGAACCACGAAGAAGCAACCCGCUGCCGCUGCCGCCGCCGCGAACACGGCUGCUACACCCUCCUCCGAAGCCGAACAUCCUCCAACCACACCUACUCCGUCGACGCCGAUCACUCCCCAGCAUCCUAGCUCCUUUAACAAGGCUGGGCCGAAUCCGACGACGAGUGCUCCUCAGCAGCCAACGUCGGCGCCAGCACCUCAGCCUAUUGUGCAACAACCACCCCCGGAUCAGACCCAGCAGUCUUUCAAUGACCUCAGCAUCCCUGAUGCGUCUGCGUUCAAUCUUGAUUUCAGCGCUCUAGAGAAUCCCGAUAUCCUUGAGAACUUCGACUUCGACACCUUCCUCAACACCGAUGCGGAUACUGCUGGAUUCGGAUUUGACCCCAACAUCUCCUAUCCAACCGAUGGUGUUGAGACCGGCGCCGGAGAUGGCUUAUAA